AUGGAAUCCAAAUCGUCGAAGAAAGCCGAUCGGAUCGAGGACAACAUCUACAGGAUCGGUGUCAAGAUGUAUUUCCUCGUGUCCGAUAAGAAGCUCCGUAUCGAGGACCUGGCCGUGAUGGACAACCCCUUCCGUAAGGCGCUCGUGCUCUUCUCCAAGAUUCGGUUCCAGGUCCACGUCAAGCGGGACAACCAAGCGGACAUCAACUUUGACGUGCUACGGGAGAAGCUGGGCGAGGUGCGCCAGUUCGUGGCCGAGGCCGGUGAAGGUCUCAAGGGGCUGCUCGCCUCCCACAUGAAGCCCCGCAACAUCGAGAGGAUCGAUGAGGUCAUUUCGUACGUGACGGACCCGGACGUGGUGACCAGGAUCCUGCUCGAUCCCCUGCUCGACGACGAGCUGUUCAACCUCGAGAGCGCGGCCAAGCACUACUCCCAGUUCUUCUACUACGCUGAGGGGAGCUGA